AAUCCAAAUAUCCCGAAACUAACAUGGCUCUUAACACCGUCAAUAGUGCAAACCACACCAGGUAUGAUAGAGAAAUCUCCAUUUUUUCUAAUAAUCUCUUACACGUGCUCUAACUCCGUUUUCGCUUCCAUGACUUUUCUUUUGUCAUUGGAGAGAUUUAGUCAAUCCCCUUUACAGGUUUACGGCAAGCGUCAAUUUGUACCACGUGACCAAUUUUUUCCUUCUAGAGCGUUCUCACAUGACGUCAUGGCGGCCACAUUAGUGUUCCGAAACAAUGAAACGAUUGUCAUGUUGGAAUUCUACACGAAUUCUGUGGGAAUGGAACUCUUUUCUUAAGUAAACGCUUUCUGUUGUGCCAUUAAAUUUGUAGUUAGCUGGCUACGUGAGUGAAAACGCACUGUACUAGUCGUUUGCUGUUCAUUAUAACUACAGAGAAAAAAAAUUCAUCUGUUAGAGUUAUUUAAAAUCGUUUUUAUGUUUCUUUUUAUUGCUUCUUGUUCUUUUUCUUCUUCUUCUUCUUCUUCUUCUUCUUCUUCUUCUUCUUCUUCGUCUUCGUCUUCGUCUUCGUCGUCGUCUUCUUCUUUUUCUUCUUCUUCUUCUUCGUCUUCGUCUUCGUCUUCGUCUUCGUCUCCGUCUUCGUCGUCGUCUUCUUCUUCUUCUUCUUUUGUUUAUUGUUGUUUUUCAGGUCACUAUAAAGCUCUUGGUCGAGUAAUAAGUGCACAGUACCUGAAAGAACGUCUGACAUUGAAAGAUCCAAACUUUAACGCUGCUACACGGAAUACGAUGGAGUUAGUUGAACAAUUAACCAUUUUAGCCGACAUUUUCUACAUUGAGGUAAAUAUACUUAAAAAAAUUAUAGUAAUGUUAUUGCUGUUUUGUUAUUUUUUUUGAUUCGGUAAUAAUUGUGCGAGUAAGAAUUCGUCGUGCCAACCUGAUUUUUGCAUCCCGCUUAAUUCUAGGUAAACCAAUUUUGCUGCUCUAAUUAAUCCAGCAAACCUAAUAUUUUUCGGAGUCCGAGGUGGGAAGGGUAAAAUCGGGUGAUGGCAGAGUUGAUCUAAGUUCGGUAAAUUGCAGAGGUCACCGUUGAUUUGAUAAGAAAACAAAGAUUAGAGUUAAUAUCGAGUUGUUAUCCCACUAGAAGAGCUUAUUAGCGUAUUCCUUUCCUUGACUUAGCGACCGAGGAUCGCGUACUACUUACGACCACAAUUUAUUGUUUUCUCGCAGGGUGUAAUUGAGUUUUAUGGUAUUAGAAAUAUAAACAUACUCGCCAGAGAAAUUGUAGCUUUGGAGGGAAGUAAGAUGAAAGUGACCACACCAGAUUGGGUCCAAGACUUUCCAGUCAGAAGGAGAACUGGAUUUGAUGGAAAUGGAAAAGAUGGAGAAAAUGGAAACGAUGGAUUGCCUGGACCUCAAAGUAUAAUUAUUAUUAAAGAUAAAUAAUUAAUGGAAACUUUAUUUGAGUUUUUGAAUGUACAAUCGUAAAUCUCGCUACGUAUAGGCAAUUUACAAAUGCUGCUUGAGAUUGAAUUAUUCAAAACAAACAAACAAACAAACAAACAAAAAAGUAGAAGAAAAGAAAAUCAAAAUUGCAUAAAGUCUGGGCAAUGCCAGUUCCUAUUUCUACAACAAAAGAUGUAAUAUGUUGCUCUAAUGGAUAUAUUUAUCAUUUUCUUGAUUAUAUAAAGUUGCUGCUUUUUGUCCAUGCCAAUGUCAUUCAUUAUGUCUAAGAAAGUGGAGCAUUCGUCGAGGAAAACGCCAAGGGAGCUCAUGGAGAGAUUUACAAAUUUCACACAUCUGUAAUUUCUACUCAUUUCUUUGAUGAAGUUCAGAUGUUUUUUUUUUUCACGCACUGCAUUGUUAUUAAGUUUAUACUCGAAACCAACUGUUAAUUGUAGAACAUAAAAGCACUUGGACUGGAUUAGAAAAGAAGAAGAAGAAGAAGAAGAAGAAGAAGAGGAAGAAUGGAAUGUGUCCUUCGCGGGCUUCACGGCCAACCAAAGCGGUUCAAAUUAACUUUAGGGCAUCUUCUUCUUCUUUUCGACACUUUGAGUUAUGUUAUGAGCGUUUAAGGCCAUGUCAGAUACCCGUGUGAUCUCUACUCAGAUUUUUCUCUUCUAUUUCCCGGCUUCAUAAGCCCUUCUUACUGCUCUUUUUUUCUAGUCCAAAUAUUCUGUGACGUAAUUAGAGGAGCCUUUGAUAUAAGUUCCAAUGCCGGGAAUGGCCACAAAGCGCAGGAUGGAGGACAAGGUGCUGACGGACUAGACAACACUGAGGCGGUAAUAAGUAUUUUUUUUUGGUAACGUUUAAACACAUAGUACAUCCCUAUGCUUUAUUUCCUGACUCAAACCUUCUUAAGGUUUGAUCAGCUGACUUCCGAUAUAAUUUCCUUGUAACUGACAAGCUAAAAAAAAAACUCUCCAUACUGUUCAAAAAUGCAUUUUGGUACGCAAAAAAAAAUUUCAAUUUCUUUUUCUUUUCUUUUGUAACGUGACAAGGUAAAACGUGUGAGGUUCGAGGAGUUUGUAGGCCUUUCCCCAAUCCCCAGCGCGACCCUUUCAUAGUUCGUGGUUUUUCAUAAUGUGGAGUUCGCUCAUGUGAUCGGUCUCCGGUAUUUUUGUUUUUAUUGGGAGUUUCUUUGUUUGUUUGUAUGUUUUCAGGUACCAGACAAAACAAACAAGGACUGUGAAGCUUUAGGCUAUAAGAAAUGCGGGAUAAUAAAUGGGGCCAAAGGUCUAAAAGGGAAAAGAGGAGGAGAUGGGGGAAAUGCAGGAUUGCCAGGUAAACUGGACUCCAUAUUGUGGAUUCUGGAUUCCACUUUUGGUUAAUGGAACUUGGAUUCUGGAUUCAAAUCGUUAAUAGGAUUCCGGAUCCCACAAGCAAAUUUUUUCCGGAUUCCGGACUCCACAAGGAAAAAAUUCCCGUAUGCCGGAAUGCGGAUCCCUUUACAUGGAAAAAAUGCUAUGGGCGAGUUCAUCGAACGUCAAUGUUUACAUUGUUGCUCGAUCAUUAGUGUAUAUGUUGUAGUUAAUUUUUUAUCUGAGGUAAUUUUUCUUUUUCUUUCGUUUCAACUUCAUUAGCAUACAUUAUUAUAACCAAAAACAAAAGAACAACAAAAAUUAGCUGAGAUAAAAGAUUAACUACAACAUAUACCUUUGUCCCUUUAGCUGGCUCAGAUGCACUUCUUAAAAGCACUUGUGUCAUGAAAUUCACCGAAAUUUAAACAGUGAGAACUGCCACCAAACUAAGUGAAACAAAAACUAACUGCUAAAACCAUAAAAAGAAGGUGUAAAUAACACAGGAAAUACAAGGUCCUAGAAUAUGGAAUUCAUUACCAAACGACAUCGAAUGAUCAAACCAUUUUUAAGGGUCAGACAGAAUGCAACCUAACAAACUUGUAAAAUGCCGCCUAGUAUUUAAAUUGCCCGUGGGGGGAAAUCUCUAUUCCUCAUAAGCUCGGCUCCUCGGAAUCCAUCAAGGCACAAAUUUUAAAUUUAAUGAGUUAACCUAUUUAUUAAUUUCAAUUUUGUGUGGACCAAAAUGGACAAACUUGUUAAGGCGGAAUCCAUCAGGAAAUCGAGAAAUUUCAAUUUUCGGUGGACCAAAAUCUUUUACCAAAAUGAUUUAAAGAAUAUUGCAUUCUUUUUUAAAGAUGUGAUAAAUCAUCUGUAGCAACACCAAAGAAAAUUUCUCAUGGAAGUCCGAGAAAAUAAAUGCCAAUUUUCACAAGAAUUGCGAUUAUACUGGUAAAAUUCUAAUAAGUUCAUGUGUAAGAUGUUAUUUUGUGAAAUUUGACAUUCAUUUUCUCGGGCUUCCAAGAGACAUUUUUUUGGUGUUACUACAGAUGAUUUAUUACAUCUUUAACUCUUGAAAAAUGUAACAAAGAAUGUAAUAUGCUUUAAAUUAUUCUGGUACAAGAUUAACGUCCACUGAAAAUUAAAAUUACUCAAUUUCCUCUUAAGUUCUGUCUUAAUCACUUUCUUUGUUUGAAACGUUUGAUAUAAUGCUUGGGAGCCAUACUAUACUUGUUUGACAAGAAGCUGUGAUAAUAAUUUCUCAAGUUCCAUAGGGAAAAAGGACGCACAUGGUCAAUGAACUAUAGAGCCUUGAAACAGCCCUUAACCCAAGAAUAAGACAGGUCUUAAAAGACGAAGGUUCUGCACAUUUAUAACUGUCUUUUCUAUAUUUUCAAUGGAGGUGAUGGUGGAGCAGCCGGGCGAAUAACCCUGCGCUAUACCAAAUCUACUGGAACAGUUCAGUUAAAAUCAUGCGGAGGAAAGGGGGCCCCGCCAGCACAAAAUGGACGUGGCGGCAGCGGUAAGACGUUCUGAAUUCAAAAUGCUUGCCCUGUGUGAAUUUAUUGGGUACGUUAUCGAUUACCUCAGGAGCCCAUAACCCUGAUUACCUUCAAAUUAAACUAGUCACACUUUUCACACGUCAAUAUUUCCUUUUCCCACAUGAUAUAACAUUAUUGUUCGCUUAAAAGUUAUCGCUUUUUCUGAUUAGCCUCAAAUUCUCCGGCUAAUUCUUCACAAUCAGCUUUCACAGAAAAAAAAAUUAGAAAUUUAAUAUACUAUCUUUGACGUCAAUUACCAUGACGUCAACAGUUAUAUAUUACCACUAUGCAACCACUAACGUCACGUAAGACGGCGGUGCAAGAGAUAAGCUGUUCAAUGGCAUGAAGUCGGGGCAUAUUAAAUUCAACAAAUUGACGAGAAGAAUUCACGAUUGCGUAGAGACUUUAGUCAAUUCUGCUUCUUCGAAAUUUUCACAUUGAUCUGAUACUUUUGAAGACUAAAACUAAAAUCCAGGGAGGCUUAAAAGGCACCUGGCAGACUUAGGAGAGAGAUUUCACAUCUUCCCGCAAGACAUCGCUUAUUCUGCUAGUGGAAUAGGGUUGAUUUUACAUUACUUUAUAUUGCAUUGUCUUGCAUACCCUGUGUCUAUUUGUCACCAUACAAAUAUUUUUGAAAAUGUUCAGGCAUCGUUGCAAGUGUUGAUAGGUACUUUACUCCUAGUGCACCCUCUGACUUUGAACUCAAAAAGUGGUAAUGCUAAGUAGGUUGGUGAAUUAUUUCAGGUGGUAAAGGCGGCGAAGGAGGGCGUGGUAUUAAAUGCAAGAAACAUAGAAUACCUCGAAAAGUUUGCAAAGAAAAAGGAGGCCCACUUGAUAGAGGACCAAACGGAGACAUUGGGGAUACUGGAAGCCCUGGAACAAGUAAGAUGAAAUGCACAUAUUCAAUUUGUUUUCUAGUUGUGUGUGUCAGUCAAAUUCGGCCAAACUUGCCACAUACGUUUCACACUAAGUUUAUUCCUUUGAAUACCAAAAUAAAGCUAAACUUUAGUCUUUCGUCAGGGACGUUCUUCCUUUUUUGUACAUAUAUGCUGGUGACGAGAUUGAAUUACGGAAACAAAUCGGAGCACCAUGGGUAAUAAAAUGUGGUUAUCUAUGCUAUUGGAUCCAAGAAAUCUGGGUAGUGGCAAAUUGCCCGCCCGUACGAACGUACGUACGUUAGCGGAUGUGAAAUCCCACACUUACUUGACUUGAUAGUGUACACCCAUGUUAUGGUCAAUUGAUAUCUGUCAAAAAAGGUAUCACUGACCAGUGUUAUAUUUGAUACUACAACACCCAAGUGAAAACUCCGAUAGCGUCUUGUUACUUCAUCAAAAUACUGACAUAUCACUGGAUGGCCUAAUCAGAAUCUAGAUUUGCUAUCACCUUAAAAAGCCAAAAAAAUUAUAAAUCACAAUUCAUCGCGGACAAAACAAUAGCCCACGUUCGAAAUAUAAAAUUCUAACAUGACUCCGAGGCUUUCUCGGCUCAUUUUUUCUAUGUUUGAUUUGGUAUUGUAUGUGCUCAAAUCUCUUUUGGAAAUUGAAAGAGAAUGGAGUCGUGAAAAGUUUGCAAUUUCGUCCAUGAAGCCUCGGAGUCAUAUUUAAUUAUAUUUUAAUAUAUCGAACGUCGGCGAGCGGUCUCAGCUGCGGAGUAAAAAAGAACGUUGUUAAAACUCAUGUAAGUAACGGUGUGACUGAUUUUGCCCCGAAUUUCAGCUCCUUCUGACAAAGGUUUGGAUGGUGUGGCGAAGAAAUCUUUCAUUGAAUCUGGGACAUUAGACGCGGACGUCAAAAGAAAGUUUCCAAGAGAACUACUCUUUCUCAUGAGGCGACAAGCUCUAGACUUGUUGCUAGGCAACAGUUAUGACCCACAAGGUAGAAGCACAUUGAAGUUUAUAAAAAGUAUUGUAGAAGAUAGAAAAGAUUUGGAGCAACUGAAGAAAGGUAUGAAAGGGCUUGUUAUGAAGGUUAAGCCAUAGCGCAAAACAAGAUGAAAAGAAUGAUGUCCUCUAGUAAUUCUUCGCCGUCGUGGUCGUCUGUAGAGAGCUUUUAACGCAACAGGACAGCAGAGAGGGAAAGGCAAAACUUCUGUGUGUGACAAAGGUGACAGGGCUGUUAGUUGGUUGUUUUUUCUGUGAUCUUCAUAUUACUGUGUCCUGGUCUUUUAAUCAGAAAAGAUCUUUUUAAAUGAAGGUGAAGUUUAGCGGAAAUAUUAUCAAGCAUGACUUUCUAUUUUCACGAUUGUCGCACACCGUUUGCUCUCUUCCUUCCUUUGCAGUCCUUUUGUGUGUUUUCUCUAGUAGCAGUGACAGCAGUAUUUGUAGAAGUUGAUGUUGUAGUAGUAGCAGUAUAAAAGUCUUUUAACUCAAAACGAGUUUAAGAGCGUAAUUAGAGCACAUUUGACGAGCAUCCAGAUCUCUUCACGUCACCAGGAACAGUCCAGUUUUCGUGCCAUUUCACUUUGUUGUUGUUUCGCCGUGCUUCGUGCCACCUAAAUAUUACUACGUCACAAAAAUAAUAUUUCACAUUACUUUUAGAUGUCAACAGGAGGCUCGGAUUUUUGGGGCAGUAUGGCUAUGACAUUUUUGGAAACAACGGGUUUUUUGCUCCUCUUUUAAAGUGGGAAGCACUUAAAGAAGAUGUCGAAGACCUAAUGAGCGCUGCCGAAACUUAUGAAAUAGCUUUCAACAAUAUUAUAUCCACAGUAACAGACAAGGAAAACUUCCAGAAGGUCAGUCAAUUGGGUCACUUAACAAUUUGAAAUUAAUUAAUUAAGUAAUUACUUGACUACGUAAUUAAUAAUUUAAGAUACUUGAUUUAAAAAGUAAUUAAUUAACUUAAUUAAGAAAAUAAUUAAUUAUUUCAGUAAGUAAGUAAGCAAGUAACGCAAGGGAAAAAGAUUACGGGGAGUUAAGGUUUUCGCUUUUAUGUGAACACAGUCGGAGACGAGAUCAUCGUAAUCAGAGGGGUGAAGCUUCAGAUUCUGCUUUUAAUGAUCUAGAAAUUACGUGUUCGGAUUUGUAAGCAGAAGCGGAAGAACCAAGCCAAUCACAAGCUCAGGGGUUGGAAAGAGCUCUGUGAUUGACAUAAUAUAUACUCCCAAAUCUACUAGCGAAACCUAACAAAAACUGUUUAUUUAUUUGUUUAUUUGUUUAUUUUUCCUCCAUGUAUUUAUUUAUUUAUUUUACAAGCCAUUUAUAUUGUAUUACAAAAUUUGAAGGUGAAGAUGCUAUUUGUAGAAUUAAAUGUAAGGUUACAAGAAUAAAUGGUGAGGGCAGGAUAUAGUUAAACUAAUUACUUGCCCUUUGAUUAAAUUACAGUUUUAUUUAGGUUAAAAGAGAAAAAAAGAGAAAAGUAUAAACCCUAUAAACUAUGAAAAAUAUAUGAAAAAUAUUCAAAAGAGAGGAAAAAAGAAAAGCACAUACACACACACACAUAAAAAAAAUAUGACAUUUGAGAGUCAGUGUGGCGAUGAUUAAUACUGAGUAAGAUAAUAGUUGAAAAGUGUUCUUUUAAACAAUUUUUCAGUUGUUUUUUCACUUGUAGAUAAAGGAAUAUCAUUCCAAUAAUAGCAUCCUAUAACUGUUGGACAGAAUUUUCUUAAAAUUAUUCUAAGUUAAGGCUACUGGGAUUUAGGUGUCGUAGGGAUGCACUUCUUGUGUCAUAAUUAUGUUGCUCAGAUACCGAGGCCAGCGUGAAAUUACACGGCUUUUUAUCUACAAAGUGAUCAUAAAUCAGUUGGCCGGUAUUUAGCAUAACAAUGUCAGGACUAGAUCGUCUUAGCGGAGUUGGAAGAAAAUGGAAAUGUUCUGAUAAGUCUGAAUCUGAUUCUCGACCAAUUUCGUCACGCACAUGUUUUCAGAUAAGUCUCCGUUUUCUUAAUUACUAUUUUUUUAAUUGUAUUUUUUAUUUUCUCAAUGUCGUUAGGGCUCUAACCCGACUCCGCUGGUCGCUAAUGGCCGGAAUCCCGCUUGCCCUGUCAACACGACUUUAACGAAUCUUCACUGCUACUUUUUUUGCCUUGUUUUAAUUUUUGUUUAAUCACUCUUUUUAAGUACUCUUUAUCUUUGCAGAUGGCGUCAAAGUUAGCAGAUGUAUCAUCCAAGCAAGUUAAAGCCGAAGUAACACGUCUCGAAGAAGCCAAGUCGAUAGCGGAAAAGCUAAAGAGGAUGUAUGUGAAGGUAUCUUAAUUUUUAUUUUCAUCUGGUAUUGAUUUUCGAAUUACUCUUAGCGGAAGAAUUCGGAAUUGAGUCCCCCCCCCCCCCUCCCUCCCUCCAUCAUCUCCCCCACAAAAACAAAAAAAAAAAAAGAAAAACAGUCUCGUAACCAUGAGAUAAGUGAGAAGAGGCCGAUAGAAAAGAAGAAGAAUGUGUACGGAAUUUAAUAUUGGUCACCUACUGAAUUAUUAGUCCACCCACCGACUUAAUUUUUCUGUUUCUGCAAAGGCCAUUCAAACACAAGAGGGAAAGAUGAAAGAUAUACUUGUAAAAAUCCAGUCCACAUUACCAGAGGCUCAGAAGAAAGUGGCCCAGAAAUUAUCUCGGGACGAGUUCAUUGCAAUAAUGCAAGGGAUUACAGCCUUUACUAGUUCCAUAGCAGGAAACAGUCCUUCCGGCUUCAUUGACGGAGCACUAAAUCUCGCCUCUUACAAAAUCAAUAAACCAUGCCGCGCUUUUCUUGAGUCUUCCCUCGGUAGCAUCAAGAAAUGGAUGAUGUUUGGAGAGAAGUACAAGCCGCUUGAAGACUCUAGUGAUUUGGACUUUGAGAAUGUCAAAGUUAAUUCCGUCCCGGAGAUUAUGAAGGUUUGUACAUAAUAGCAUCCCAAUGCUUCAGGCGAGGGAAAUUAUGAGGAUUUGGACAAAACUCAAAUGAUGUUAUUCCCUCAUUUCACGAGUAUACCAUUAGAUUUCUGUUCGCAAUCGUGGAUUUUUGACAUGUUUAUCCUGGUCUUAUCGAUCGAGAUCGAGAACUGCACGCUCUUAAAAGUUUAACCAAGUUCAGAAUUUUCAGAAUUUGUUCGACCAAAUACCUGUUAGAAUCCUUUUUGAUUUUCUCUUUCUUGUGUUUAAGUUUUCUCAAACGUCUUCUAAUGUCCUGACAUCUUCAUUCAAAACAUUUCAAACUUCGUCGCCAUCUUGGUACUGAGAAGGACGGAAGGUUGAAUGGCAAUUUGGUAAUUUCAAAAGUGAGAUUACAAAUUAGUAUAGGUAAUAGCAUGAUUUGUUUUAACAUUUGGCAUAAAUACCACGAGGGAUAUUUCGAAAUUGUUGUACGUAAUUUCACGAGCCAUUAGGGACCCAUUAGGCGAGUGAAAUUUGAGAAUUUGGGGUAUUUGUGGUAUUUAUGCCAAAUAUCACGUACAAAUCAUGCUAUUAUUUGUUUAUACUACAACCCCCAAAAGGUUUGUAAUUUUCAUAUGUAGGUCUUUCAAUUAAGCUGAAUUACUACUGCUCUAAGCCAAUAAAAUUGCAGAAAUUUCUCAUGUAGUAGUAUAAACGCUGAAAUUUGGCGCCAAAAUUAAGGAGUAAUUCGUCACCCAUAAUCUUACACGUCCUUAUGCGUAAUGUAAACUUCACAAAAGCAAAGAAAUUACUUGCAAAUGACAAAAUUGCUGCUUCAUAUAAAAAAAAGAAACAAAUUGUUUCUGAAGCAUUAUAUCAAAAGUCACAGAGAAAAAUAAUGAACUUUGAGAAACUGUUAGGCCAACAAGUUUUCAAAAACCUCAAUUACAAUCCGUUUCAACCUUGCUGUGUUAUUUACCAAUAUCUUCUUUUACUGUUUUUUAGCCGUGACACAGAUCCUCCAACUCUUGUUGUAGAUCCUUGGUACUUGCCAAUAACUUAGCGAAGCAGGAAAGUUUAAUUCUGACAUCCAGAAUUCAAAACCAUGUGUGAAUUAAUUACGCUGUUGGCUCUUGUCGUAAUGGCCCUUGAACUAUUUCCUCACUUAGCCUAGUUUUCCAGUCUCCUAAAAAAAUGACAAUAAUAACUGCAACAACAACCACAACAGCAAUUUCCAUAUUUACUAAACUCAAGACGGAAUAUGGUAGACGGAAACUGUUGGGCUACCAUAAAAACGUUAUUAAUUUGUUUUUAUUAUCAUUAUUAUUUAGUUAUUAUUAGGUUAUUUAUUUAUUCAUUUAUAUUAACUUUCUUCAUUUUUACUUCAUUUAACGUUAACAAAUUUAGACAAAUCUGGAGUUGAACAAGGGACAAUUGGCUGUAGAUUUAGUCUGCUUGAUUGACGAGAAUACCAAACCAAGUUUUACCAAACAACUUGAGGCCGAAAUAGAGUCUUACUUCAUUGUUGGGUCAUCUCGCAUUGAUAUGAUAGGAAAAUGCGUGGACAUUGAUAACGAAAUUGGAGGAUACAACUUUGAUAUUCCAGUUCUCAAAGAUACCGCUAGAGCAGUCAAUGAAGUCAAGAAUUCAGAAGGUAUAAAUCGAUUACGAAGCUCUUGAUAGCGGAAAGUGCGCGCAGCAGAGCUCCAUUGGUAAUAAAAUUCGGCUAUCUAUGCAUCCAAUAUAUUUUGGGUUGUGAAAAUAUGGUCCGUCCGUACGUACAGCUAACACUGAACGCCUGUCCGUACGACAGCCCCUUUCAUGUAAGUGGAUGUGAAAUAUUACGCUAUGGUCAAAUGACAGCUGUGCAAAAAGAGUAUCCACUGACCAGUGUCAGACAACUGUAAGGCAGGUUUAGGCGUACAAUUCAUUGACCAGUUAUUAUUUUCUAUUUUCUUUUAUUAAUUGUACGUUCAAGUGUAUUUUUAAAAGAAAUUGAACUUGGCUCUUGCUUUUGGUGAAAGUUGAAUUGCUUCAGAAAGACAUUUCUCAAAAUAUCUCACGAGAGCUUCUUUUUUGGCCUCGGCUAAAUAUACAGCUAUUUCGAGAAAGGUUGUCGGAAAAAGUGCACGCGACAAUCCUGACAGGUAUUGUGGGUAGUUUUGAGUGCACUGUUCUUCAAAGAAAUUUGAAAGAAUGUUACGGAAUGUUAGCGAUGUUAUGUUUUUGAUUGCUAAAGGAAAGCAACCAAAGUAGGUUCGACAGCUACAGUCGUUAUAGGAACAGUGUAUUGAUCAUAUCCCAUAUUACCUUUCGAGAUUGUCGCGUUCACAUUUUUUCCGACAACCUUUCUCGAAAUAACUGUAUACAUUUCAUUCUAAUGGUGUAAUCUAUACAAAAGUCAUAUACUUAAAAAAAAUUAAGUAAGGCUGGGUAGGAUAUUGUGUAUUAUUUUUUUGGAACCUAUGUUCGCCCUUAAGGACGCUUAAAAUAAUUUUAAACUUUUCCUUUUUUCUUUAAGCAUUGUUGCCCCCCACCCCGCUAAAUUUUGCAUAAACUAUUGUUCUCUAGUAACCCUGGAAAUCCUGAUUAUUCCCCAGAGCAUUUUUAAAAAAUGACUUACGCAAAAUAUUGGAGAUAACAGAGUGUAUUAUUGAAAAUAGUCAAUUCCUUUCAUAUUAGCGUUUCUAAGUACCUUUAACUCUGGUUUUCAUUUAUUUCCAAUAUGUAUAAGACGGAUCUUUAAGCAACGCUCUCAAGCAAACCUUUACAGAUAAUCUCCUAAGUACAUACAGAGAACUGGAGCAAUUGUUCAUGGAAAAGCUCUAUGAGCUUCAAAAGGCCCUUGCAUUCCGUACACUUUGGAAUUUGGAUGAUACACUAACUUCAUUUAGAAGGAUCGCUUCAGAAAGUGCGUUAGGGAUUGGGAAACUCAAUGGAAUAGUAGAGCUUACAGAAGUGUUUCAAAGAAUUAAAACCAUAAAAUCCAAGGCAGUGGCUUGUUUCACAACUAACCCUUACACUACCGAUGUAAAGAAAUGGACUUUCGAUAACACCAAAAACAAAGAGGUGAGCCUUGUUUGUUCGUUUGUUCACAUAUAAGGGGUACGAUUUUUUUAAAUGUAAAUAUUCUUAUUCUUUGGCCAUUGUAGCUUGAUGACAAAUAACACCCGAACUACCUGUUUUUUUGGUUUCCUUCCUCAGUCUGCGUGUUAUUUCCACUGCACGAAAAAUUGGAUUUACACAAAUUCACUCGGGGUAAAUAUGGUGCAAACAAGUGCAAACUAGGGGGAAAUUAAAAGCAAAGAUGGUAAAUACCGCAUUUGCUUGCCAGUUUACAUGGGGGUGAAAAUUUUAGGGAAAAUGCGGUAUUUACCAUCUUUGCCCUUUAUUUAACCUUAGUUUGCACUUUUUUGCACUAAAUUUGCACUGAGUAAGUUUGGUGUAAAUCCAAUUUUUCGUGCAGUGUUCUUUGUUGUAAUUUACAGUUAUAUUUUUGGCCUUUUAAUUACUUAAUAUACAUGUUGUUAUAUGUGCUAGCUGUAUAGCUGGCUGCUCAAAGUCGGUUCCCUGGACAAUGAAUAAAUAGCAGUAAAAUGAACAUACGCUCAGUGCGUCAGUUUUUAUUAAAAUGUGCCAUUUUAAAAAUAAGGGAUUGAAGCUACGGUGGAGAUGCUCAAACCUGGACACCUGGAAGAAGAUUGUUCAAUCACAACGUUUUCCGAAUACAAAAGAAUCUCAUUUUUUUUUUCGCAAAUUGCAGUAGAGUGUUUCACUCACGUGGCCAGCAUUUAUGCAAAUUUAUUGGAACAAAAGAAAGCGUUUGCAUAAGAAAAGAAUUCAACUCCCACAGGAUUGGUUUGGGACACCAACAUGACCGCCGUGACGUCAUGUGAAAACACUCUAUUGAAUAGGCCAUUUCCGAGUUCCAAAAAAUCUCACUUUCAAAGCGAGACUAAGUGCGAAGCCAUUGAUAUGAAAAUGAGUUUGAAUUAUGAUGCAAAUAAAACUCAUUUUCAGAACAAAGGUUUCGCACUUAGCCUUGUUUUGAAAGUGAAAUUUUUUGGAACUCAGAAAUGGCCUCUUGUUCUCUUUGAACUAUUAAUAAUAAUAAUAAAAUAAUAAUAAUGAGUCUUUGUUUCAUCAAAAGAUAAAACUACAUUAUCUCAUGUUCCAAUAAUACGGAAGAUAAAAAACCAUGAUAAAAAUAUGUACAUAUAGAUAUAUGAUAUACAUUACCAAAAAAAAGUAUGUCAUUACAAUAAAUGGAGCUUAAAAAUCACCCAAUUUACAAAGGUGUUCAUAAAACGCUCUGUAUUAAUUUUCGGACGUGCGCAGCCUUUUUCCCUAAGAUUAUGCACAUACGUCCUCUGGACAGGAAUGAUAUCUUUCAGUGGGUGGCAAUCCGUUGAUAUUAAUUUCUUUAAAAUGUUUCGGUCUUGUUUAUUUAAAAGGUUCUUGAUAAAAACUGGAAAUGAACUAAACAACCGUUGAAAACUUUAUUUUGAAACCGUUUGAGCUUACCUGACCUGUCAGGAAACAGCCCUCAUAUUUAUGAAUGUUCUUUUAGAUGUUUGAAAAACUUGCUACAGGGACAACAACAUUUAGCAUCGAUAUUAGGCGCAGUUGCAAGACUUGUUACAACAUUCGUUUAUUGAAGGUGAUCCUUGUUUGCUUGUCUUUGUAUUUAAUUGAUAAUAUAGAAAUUAUGCCUGAUGUUUUAAAUCCAUUCUGCCUUUUUAAUUAUCUUUAAUUAUUUUUAUAAUUAUUAUUAUCAUAUUAUUAAUAUUACCGUUAUGGUUAUCGCCAUUGUUAUCGUUAACUUUUAUCGUUUUCAUUGUCACUAUCAUCGUCAUUUUUAAUAUUAUUACAGUGAUUUUGUUAUCUCUGCGUCCUGCGUCCCUAACGCAUACAAAUCCCUAAAGACGCAAAAAUAAUUGGUGGCAUACGUUCGUAGGGCGCAAAGAUUGAUCGAUCGAUCUGAACAUGUGUAUUUGUAUAGGUAAUAGCAUCAUUUGUAGUGAUAUUUGGCGUAAAUACCACCAGUGAUAUUUCAAAAAUGUUAUAAGUAAUUUUACGAGCCAUUAGGCGAGUGAAAUGUGAGACAAUUUUGAAAUAUCACGAGUGAUGUUAAUGCCCAACAUCAUUUACAAAUCAUGCUAUUAUUAGGGAGAUUAAGAUUCAUGUUUACGCCAAACGGGAAACGUGAAUUUGUACCACGUGACCAAGUUUUUCUCUUACUUGUCGUUUACUGUUUAUUACUUCUGCUCAAAAAUAAGUUUUUUCACGCCAGAUUUAUCCAUAAGAAUUGUUCUGGACAGUUUUUAUUUUCUUAUUUUCUAUUUUGAGAAAUUCUCAACUUGAAUCCGACGUUAGCGGUUUGCCGUAAAUGUGAAUCUUAAUCUCUCUAUUUUUUCAUACUACUACCCGCAAAAGGUUCGUAAUUUUCACAUGUAGGUAUUUCAAAUUAAGCUGAAAUACCACUGCUCUAAGCCAAUGAAAAAAUGCAGAAAUUUCUCAUGUAGUAGUAUAAGUCCAGUUCCGCGUCGCGGCUUGGUAAGCAACCACUAGCCAAAUCCACUUCGGUGAAUAAUUUUUAUUUGUUUUAGUUAUAUAUCGAGCUUUAUGGUACCGAGGAACAACCCACUAAAGUGCCCAGAGAGAUUCACCUUCAAAUUCGUCGUCUCAGCAGUUCCUACUUCCGUACAUCUGACACAACAUUUAAAACAUACCGUCAACCUCUAGUAGGAUACAGGACCCUCAGGUUUGACCGGUUUACCAUUAGCGGCGAGGCAAAGUGUGGGAAGGAACAAGGCAGUAAGUAAUGAAUAGGCGAAAAAUUGCGUUUUCCCCAAGGAAUUCCCUGACUCUAUGCAAUAGCUGAUCCAGACCUUCAGAUUACGGGGGGGGGGGAAGUCAUCCAGACCCUGAGAUAAAGGGAGCGCAGUCUCCAAAAACAAUCUUUUCGGCCCUUUGGGCCUCUGUUUGGUCUAAAAAUAAGGGGUGAGGAGGGUUGGGGGGGGGGAUGGAUCUGCCACUGCUAUGAUACCCUUGACUCUGUUGUUCACAUUUUAAAAUGGACACAAAGUUCUAAACUAGGUAUGUAAAAAGGGGUAUCAUUUGUCAGUAUACGAAAGGAGAACCUUUUUUUGUCAAAACCGGUGUAUAUUUAUGCAUGUAGGAGAAUUUAUGGCUUGAUCUAUUUGUUGAUUAUUAUUUUUUUUAUUAUGUGGACACCAAUGAUUUUUCCAGUGACACAACUUUCGUAUCCAGUGAAGAUACAAUUUUUAUCCUUCACAUGUGAAGAUAUCACGGUUGUCAUGGCUACUUCAGUCUCAGGCAAUAGGAAAAGAGCAACAAAGGAUCUCGCCAUCGGUGUCUAUAUAAUAAACAGAAUAUUACAUGCCCGCUUGUGGAUACGAAUUUUAUCUUCUUGUGUUCAACUCGACAUCUCACUCGUUCGCGCGAGUUGAAUACUCGAAUGAGAUAAAAUUCGUAUCCACAAGCAGGCAUGUAAUAUCCUCUAUAUUCGUCCUAUGUAAGGGAAUCUGGAUUCCGUGAUCAGAUAAUUUUUUGCUUGUGGAAUCCGGAAUCCUGGGCUUUGGAAUCCAGAACACAGCUCAAGGAAUCCUGAAUUUACUAACAAUUGGAAUCCAGAAUCCAAGGACCACUGACAAAGAAUCCCGAAUCCAGUAUCUGGAAUCCGGAAUCCAAGGAAUGGAAUCCAGAAUCCAGGACUGUCUUGGAUUCGCUCAAAUGUGGGCGAUAUUUAUAAUUUUUAGAAAGCACCGGCUACUGCGUCAAAGAAGAAGAUCCCCGCUGGAUUUCGAUGUGUAACAAUCCACUCAACAAGGAAGGAGAUCUUCGGGCAGAUAGCCUGCUUGGAAGUUUGGAGUGCAGAAGUCCUUUUGGAAGUUACGAGUUAAAAAUCCCUAAGGAUGAUGACAUGAUAUGUGAAGAGGACAAUGGUAUAACGAACAUCAACUGCAAAGAUCUAGACGUAAGUAGCCACGCAUGACUGGCUAAUCAGAUUAAAUUACUCUAAUGCCCUGUACUAAAGUCUUCCAAAGUAUCUGAUGGAUAGACUUCAACUUGAGCAGAAUUCAGCAGCUCGCCUUGUUAACGCGUCGAGAAAGUAUGAUCAUAGUACACCGAUUCUUAGGAGUUUACGCUGGCUCCCUGUGCGCUAUAGAAUUAUUUUUAAAAUAUUAUUACUAACUUGAGGCUCUAAACGGUCAAGCACCUAAAAACUGGAUUUUUAGUUUCCUUUGAAUUUGACCUGAAUCCACAAGGGGUAGACAGCGUGAAGAAAAUUUCCAGAAAACGUCUUGGAAAGCCAAAAAAAUUUCUCCACGACCUGGCCGCCGUCAUUAUUUCCAGUACUCUUCGACAGUUUUAUUGUUUUUACCUCAUGUAUACUUCAUUUAGAAGAGUCGCGGCUAAAAACGGCAAAACACUAACCGUCAACCGGACGGGAAAUUUGUGGUUAGCCUCAAUGAACUGGGAAUUCUACGCGAUGGAUAACCAUGUGUUGUGUUGUAGUUUGGUUAAUUGUUUAGUGUCUUUUUAAUCAUUUGUAUUACGUCAUUCGGUAAUAGCACCCAUCCGGGACAUCAAGAAGAUUUGCCACCGUGCGAGCAGAGAUGACUCUCUUGCAUGGCUUUUAGUGUUCGUAAACACUUUAUCCUGAGUCCUUUAAUUCGUUACUGAUGACUACAGGGACAACUCGAUUACAACUCGAAAACAAAGUUCUAACUAGAAAUACGAGUAUCGCAGAACCUCGCGAAUCAAGUACGACGAGCAAAAUAACGACGCAAAAAACUAGAUCGAACACUUGGUUUUCUGCCCAGGGGGAUCCUCGACCCCAUGGCACUAUGGGAAAUCCCUGACAGCGUUUACGAAGUCUUUCGCGUUGCUUGUCUCUCGCGUAGUUGGUUUAUUUGCCCCGCCCCCACCCCCUGGGGCGUAUAACGAACGAACGCUAAAAGCCAUGCAGAAGAGAAACCUAUUCUCGCAGGGUAAUUUGUUUUGGUAUCCAACCAACUCUUUUCAAUUUACAUUCUCCCUUAGCUGAGCAAGUUCACCAAAAUGAAUGUAUGGAUGACUGUCUUCUAUUGGUCUGGGCAAUAUCCAAAGGGACCAAGUGACCCCAUCUGUCGGGGCGCAAUAAAAAGGGGCAAAACUGCCAUCAAACCACAUCUGUUGUCCAAGGCGAAGAAGUAACUCAAGUUUUAGUGUUACUGAUUAAUUGUCAGUUUAUUCAACCACUGAAUGAUUAAUUGAUUGGAAGAUUCAGCUCAAAUAAGAACAAUGCAGAUACAUUGACAACUGCAGAAGUUAUAAACGAAUUUGGAUAAAAGUAGAAUCUUUGUAACAUCAGUAAAAAUAAAGUGAUUACUGUGAGAUUGUCCUUAGCUUAGCUGACUGGAACUUGGUUUAGUAAACCUUUAUUCUUCUAAAUCCCUGCAAUUUUUUAUCCCCAGCUGACUUAAGCUGAAACCAGUUCUAUCCUUUUUACCUACAAAGCGUUGCCCAUACUGGGUAUCCUAAAACCUUUGCUACCUGAAUAAGAGUGUACUUCUACCUUAAUACAGUGGAACGUCUAUUCAGGGUACACCCUUGCGACCAACGCAAGUGACCCUUUAAGAGAGGUGUCCCCUGAAUGGAGCUUGGGCUGGGGUUUGUUAAUAAUUAACCAACAAAUAAAAUUUCAUUAUUAGAAAAGAAAAAGGCGUCUGAUCUCACACGCUACGGAAUCUGCUGCAGUUAUUUUUUCAAGGCGCUAGAUAAUGUAUAAAAAUCAUGAUUAACUUAUCGCUCACUGCGAUGGUGUGUGUUGAAUUCCAACAAGUUCAGUACAUCAGUUUAAGUUAGUUAAUUCAUCUUUUGAAAUCUAUCGCCAUCAUGACUGGUGGACACUUAUACUUAUCGACGAUUUUUGUCAGUGGUCAGUCACUUUCUGAUUGCUUAUAAGGUGACCAAUGAAUGGAGGUUAAAUACAGGAUUGGGACCCAGAAAAAGUGUCCCUUGCCCUGAAUAGAGGUGUCCAUUGAAUACAGGUAACAAAUACAAAGAUUAUGUGAACAUUUUUCUGUUACCAAAUUUUGUGUCCCUUGAAUUGUGUGUUUUCACAUGACGUCAUGGCGGCCAUAUUUGUGUCCCAAAACAAUGAAACGGUGGCCAUGUUUGUGUCCCCAACCAGUCCUGUGAGAGUUGAACUCUUUUCUUAUGCAAACGCUUUCUUUUGUUCCAAUAAAUUUGCAUAGAUGCUGGCCACGUGAGUGAAAACACAGAAUAGCGGUGUCCAAAAGGAGAGGUUCCAAUAUAUUUAUGAAAUAACCAUGCUAUUUUACUCAGGUUACAAAAUUGUUGGGGUGUGGGGUGUGGUUGUGAUAUUCUCUUGAGUAUUUGUCAGUUAGAAAAGACAAUGACCUAAAAGACAAGGUGAUUCAAGAUGGCGACCAUCUUUGUGGAUUACUGAAAAUUUAGAUUACAAAAAAGUGAGAAACCAAACAUUUUCCACGCUUGAAUUUACAAAGUUAAACAUUCUAAGUUCUAUUUUCAGUUAAUCAGUUUUCUUUUUAAGGAUGCUGGCGACAAUUAAAUCGUUUCUAAACCGAUCACGUACAUUUGUAGACCUACUAUCCCUUAUUACCUAUUUGUGUUUUUUCUUCUAAUUUGUUUACUUGUUUGUUUGUUUGCUCGUUUGUUUCCUUGUUUAUUUGAUUGAUUGAUUGGUCAAGAAAAAUAAACUAAAAUAAUAAUUAACAAAAAAGUAAAGUACAGUGGAUUGAAAAAAAAAACACGUGUAAGUCAACGGCAAAAAUAAACCAAAAUAAUAAUUUGUCUUGUUUACUUGUUUGUCUGUUUGUUUGCUUGCUUGUUUGUUUGAAAAUGAGACAGAUUUAAAUUUUUAAAAUGUUUUAACUGGAUACAAAAAAAAAAAAAUAAUAAUUGAAAAUGAUACGAAUAAAACUUAUGUUUUAAGUUUUAGCGGCCACCUUUAGCGGCCACCUGGCUUCUUUUACCUGUCUGACCUUGAACUGGUAAGAACUCAAACUGAUUUGUCUUUUUGUCGUAGACAGUAGUACCUAUGUUUUCAUGACUGGGUGAAAUGAAGCACAUCUACAUCCCUACUGUGAUCUGUUUUGUCAAAUUGUUCUAUCCAUUCUAGCAUCUGAUCUGGCGGUCGUCUCUGGCGAAAAGGUAUUUGAACGAAACUACAAACAAGAUCGAUUUUACACACACAGAUUUAUAAUAACUCAGCUGCGCCUUAACGUUAGUUCAUUCAACUAUCCAGUCCUGCAUACCAGGUAAGUAACGCAAAAGAAAGAAAAAUAGACAGCAUUGUAUUAUUAAGAAAGCACGUUAUCUUUACAUCAAAAACAUUACUCUUCAAUGAUGCCUAUAAUAUAACAACAAAGGUAUGGCUUUCUCCAAACUAGUAGUUGAAAACUAAUCCUGAAACUCUAAAGUUACUAGUUUGUGGAAAACAGCCAGGAAAUGCCUUUAUUUUCAUUCACUUUUAAUAAGAAUGCGUUAUUUUUUUAUUUCGUAUAAACACAAGUUUUGACCGGCCUGUAGCCUUACCGACUCGUUGUAAGCUGAAUUCUUGAUUUGCAACCACGACUGAGCUUUUUGCGACCAAAAAAAAAUGCUGGGAGGAUAUAACUCUUUUCUGGUGUAUUUCUCUUAAUGUAUUUUGUUCUCUAUCUAUUAAGGAUGUGGAUCCUUUACAGAACCUGCGUUAUUGUAACAUUAUAUUUGCCUGCGAUUUUCACGACUCGGGCCAAAUACAAAAAUAGAGACGCGAUCAGCAAUGAAGGUAACUUUCAAAAUAUAUUCUAACACUUUUCAAAAACGUAUUAUUUGCCAUAUCGUAACUUACAGUGAAUAUAUUACACCAAUCACAACUAAAGGCAACUAAAGGCUCGGUUACCAAUGGUGGGGGCCGUUCAAAAUGGCAAAGACCGUUUACGAAGGGGAAAAAGGCCUUGACGAUCAUGCACAGAAGAAAUGUUGGGAAUUGCUGGCGCAAACGUUUGACAGGCUUAAAACUUUGCGCAACAGCUCCCAAUAACAUGCAAAAAGGUGUGAAAACUGACGCAACAUGUGACACUCUACAAUUUUACAUCGGGAGGGAGUUUUCGGCCCUUUCCUUGAGCUUCAUCGUUUGCCAUAAUUUAUAGGUAGAAACGGGACCCAUGACCUUCUGGUAGAAAUGAACCGCCGCAGUUACAAAAAAACAAGAAACAAACAAAAAGAAAACUAGCGAAGAUUAAAGCAUCUUUUUUAUAUGCUAUUAUGAAUGCUUUUGGCCCUUUGUAAAUGAUUUGAAAGAUCCGACGCAAAAUAAAGAGAUAUUAUUGAUGGAAUAAAAACGUGGCGGUAAAGAGUCCCGCAACAUUUGCGCAUCACAAUUAAAUACAUAUUAACCGCUACAAAAUGAUGGAAAUAAGUGGGACGAAUUUAAUGGAAGCCUUAUUUUUCAUUCUUGAUAGUGCCUUCUGAAUGCCGAGAAGCAUUAGGAAUGGAAAAUGGGGAUAUGCCAGACAGUCAGCUAAGCGCCUCCUCGGAAGGUGAAGGAAGUUUUAAUGGCGAGCCCUUUCACUACUCCGCAAAAUAUGGUAGACUUAACCGUCGCUACUGGCCAAUGUGCUGGUCACCCUCCGAAAGUGAUGAAAAUCAGUGGUUCCAAGUGCAUCUUGGCAAAUAUUACACUUAUGUUACCCGUAUAGCAACUCAGGGAUGUCCAUUUUCGACAGAAUGGACGGCUUCCUAUAAGUUGCAAUAUGGUGACGACGGAGUAAAUUUCCAAUAUUACAAGGAGAGGGGACAAAGUGAGGACUUGGUGAAAGACACAUGCAACGUUCAUUACUAAAAUACAUUUACGAUCAGAGGUUAUUGUUAGCCUGUUAAUGAACAACAACUAUAACAAUCAUAACAGUUUGGUAGUCGUCUCUCUAAGUUCUCGUUUUCGCGUUCAAACAAUGAUAAUAAAAGGCGUGUUUGGAUCUGUUAGGUUUUUAGUGGAAACACAGAUGAAGAAACAGUUGUUACACAUGACCUCGAUCCGCCAAUAAUGGCGAAGUAUCUGCGCUUUCGACCAGUCACCUGGGGGUACCGAAUAGGAAUAAGGGCGGAGGUAUACGGCUGUAAAGGUACUAACACAAAGCUGGUAUGAAUUUUAAUUUUUUCCUCCUGAGGAUGAAAUAGCUUACUCUUGAAUCGAAGGUUCAAGUAAAUAAAUAAGUUAUCAAGGCGUGUCAGAAACUGGCUUGUGGCCAGACCGAGAAUGACAGGAAAGUUUGAAGUUCCGCGCUCAGCAACUUAAUUAGUGCAACUUCUUAGUGAAGUUUUGGAAAGUUUAAAUGGUUACAUAUUAACAGAAUUUCACACAAAACUGGUUAGAAUGAAAGGCCCUGGUGACGUAAGAGGGAAGGGUUCAACAAUAAGAUGUCUCAGCGAUUUUGCAAGCAAUAUCAUCAAUUCAAAACCACUGGUUUGAACUUUCGGGCCAUGUAUUUGAAGAAACAACUGACUGCUUAAGAUUGUCAGUAAAGACAUUCAGCUUAGCAAGGACAAACCCGUUUGAAGCGAAGGAAUAACUGGCUACGUAAGUAAUUGCAAUGGAGCACUGAAUGAUCACAAAUUUAAAUCGCAGCCUUACGAGCUUUACAUAAAAGGCCCUUUGUUUUUUUAAAAAGAUUAUCAUACGUGGAGCUUUUUUUCUGUCGGUUAGCCUGCGAGCAAGCUCUCCUAUUUGGGAGAACGAAGCGAGCCUCGCGAGAACGCGCGAGCGAGGGGCCGAGGAAAGGAGAGCUUGCAACCAUCUCUCAUAAAUUUUCAUUUCCACCCCGGAAACCCCGGGACUCCACAAAGCGCGAAAAUUGUCACCGCAAACGUGCGGCACAUUAGAAAAGUGACAACCGCCUGUCAAGUAAGUUCAGACAGUCGAGGGCGCGUAGAAUUAUUUAUUUAUAAAUCGCUUUCGCAACAGCAUUAAAGCAAUGUUUUUAAUAUCACUGAUAUGUUUUUUUUUUUCACGGGGACAUCGAACUUCAACGUGUCCGCUCGGAUAAGAACUCACUACUUUGAUUCUCGUUUCGUUUACUUUUGAAAGGUCGUCCAUACUGCAGCGUAGAAGACUACUCCCCAUCGCAAUCACCAACAAAAACAUCAUUUAUUUGUCCGUCUGGAACUGGAGAAUAGCGUUUUUUGGCACUUGGUUCUCUUAAGGUUUACUCCAGUUGCUUCCAACUCUUUCUCUUUUCCUUCUUUACGAUCAAGCUACACAGCUACACUGUCAAGUACAUGUUUCUGAAUUUUUCUACCCAGUAGAAUUCAAUCGGGCGAAGAAACCGAUGUUGGAAGGCAGCGCUUUAAUCACUCUUCCCUUUCACUCUUCCGGUUUUCAGAACUAAACAAGGCGCUUGACAAAUGAAUACAACUGAUGAGGGGUUUUCAUUUUCCUUCCACAAGAACUACAAACUCGGUCCGACUUAUCCUCGGCACGCAAUAUUCUCUUUGCGAGAAUUACAACAAACGAGCCCGUCUGCAUUGAGCGCUGAAACAAGUUCUCGGUACCAAUCUGAUCCCCCUGACGAACCAAAUUUGACACACAGACGAAGCGGGUGCCAGCUUGGCCUGUUAUCAAUCAACUUUGAUUUCCGGAACGUCAUUUUUCAGCCAAUAGUAUUUCCCUUCGUCUGGGCGAAGUACAAAUGAAAAUUUGUAAGGGAUGGUUGCAAGCUCUCCUUUCCUCUGCACCUCGCGGCUUCGCCGCUCGCUCGCGCGUUCUCGCGAGACUCGUUUCAUUCGCCCAAAUAGGAGAGCUUGCUCGCAGGCUAUCUGUCGGUAAACUUUAACGUUAUAGAUGGAUUUAAAUAGACAAUUUUUCAACCAUAAUUGAUAAUUAAUCACUUUAAUUAAAAGGACAAAAGCACGAUCGACAAUAAGUGUAAAUGAAGUAGUGUUUGCCUUCUGAUCGUAUGAACAUUUCCUUCAUCCAAUCGGAAACAAUAACCAGAUCUAGGUAGUGACACGUCAUCAGAAUUUCUGCACUCGCUUCUCAGACGUCAUUUCGCAGUUAAACCAGUGGUGACGUCGCGAGAUGCCGGCUGUUUUCUCAGGUUAAAAACUAACGACGCGUAAAACUUUUUAAAUUAAGCAUGCAUAGAUGCUCUUGGCAUGGAAAGCGGAGAAAUCACAGACGGACAGAUUACGGCAUCUUCAGAAUGGAGUAGCACGCAUGCGCCUAACCUCGCCCGACUGAACUGGGUAAAGGAGGGAAAUAAAGCUGGAUCUUGGGCAGCCAAGACAAAUGACGUUAAUCAGUGGCUCCAGAUUGAGCUGGGUAGUGAUUACACCAAAGUUACACGGAUAGCAACACAAGGAAGAAGUGAUUAUGAUCAGUGGGUAAAAACCUAUAAACUGCAGUACAGCGAAGAUGGAGUGAACUAUCAGUUUUACAGAGAACAAGGACAAACUGAAGACAAGGUAUUUUUAACAUAUUCUCUAACGUAGGGAGUAUACAAUUUAACCCUGAUUUAAAAUACGGUGAACUGCCGCUUAUAUCCCCCCCCUUCACUUACAAGCCUUCCAAGUUAUAGGCUCAGCUACUUGUAAACAAAAUAAUACAUUCCUUAUAUUAAAAGACCUUCCCCCCACUUCACUCCAAAUGUAUUAGAAUGACUUAGAUUUAUUGUGACCUUCUGACCCUUGAUUGAAAAACCAGUAAACACAAAACGUAUUUCCAUCGAACUGCUUUUUCUAUUCCGUUUAUAAGUCCCCUCGGGUAUAAGCCCCCUCGGGUACAAGCCCAGGUCUUACAAGCAGCAGUUUACGGUAUGUAAACUGACCGUCUCAUGUUUUUUCAUAAUAUCGAGUAAUUAAAAAAAAUCUUAAAGGGGUUUUGUAGUGAAGAAUGUUGCUGAAAACACAAGAUUUCGACAAGUAUCAUUAAUUAGAUUGGAAAACGUAAAACUUCCCAGCCACCCUCCCCUUAGUCCAACUUUAACUUUAACUUCUCAUUUGGGGCAAAAUGUUGGUUUAGGGGAGGGCUGAGGGGGCAAUGUUUCCCAGCAUCCUUCUAUGAUCUAAAUGGUUGUUCUCUAAGAAAGGUAAGCUUGUCAACUCAAAAGAGUCUAGAUUUUAAAGGGCUUUAAGUUGGAAAAAUUAUGUCAUGGUCUUAAUAAGUCAAAUUUUAAAAAGAUAUUUGCAUAAGGAAAGUUUUCUCGUAUUGGUUGUUUCAUUCGUCUUUACAGACAAGUUAUCAAAAGUGCGACUAAUACACACAAGGCGUACGGCCAUUGUCACUGACACUCAUGUCGACAUUUGUCGUCGUAAAACAAUGUAUACUUCAAGCGCUUCUUUUCUUACGUCAAGUGCAUAAAAUUUUGAUGUCAUUUUUUUUUUGUUUUACGCACUCUAAAGGACCUAUCUGUCUUGCUUUCGUUGCUUUUGUUUGUUUCAGUUUCUUUAAUUUUUUUAUUAUUUAUUUAUUUAUUUAUUUAUUUAUUUAUAGGUUUUCUCGGGUAACACUGAUCGGAGUACUGUCGUUCCUUAUGUCCUCAACCCACCUAUCAUCGCACCAUAUAUCCGCUUUUUACCAGUCACGUGGCACAACCAUAUAUCGAUGAGGGUAGAGUUAUAUGGCUGUCCAGGUAAUCAGUCGCCUCUGGAAAAACGUGCAGAGAUGUUUCGUUUGUGUUGUUUGGGUAUAGGAGCAGUUAACGCCCCCACGCGUUUUUUUGCGCAACUUUUCUCUACUGUCCCGGAGCCUAGAACAUUUUAGCUUUAACUGACAAAGCUCCUCUGUUCUCUAGUUGUCUUUAGCUUUACAACACAACAAAUAAAAGUACACUGACAAUGCAAAAGUAUAUUCAGCUUCAUCACCCCCUAAUAUUAUUUAGUAUAUACUAAAACAAUUAUUGACCUCAGUGUCGGUGGCUAGUAGUGGAUUUUUACCUCGCCGCUUCAAGGCUCGGUAAAUUUUCACUAUAGCCACCUUCACUUCGGUGAAUACUUUUUAUACAACACUCACUAAUAGCACAGUUCAAGAGCCAUUUCUUGAUGAGUUAUAAUGACCUCGCAUGAAUUUUUGCUCCUUUAAGAUGCUCCCAAAAAUGGCCCCUACAAAUGGAAAGAGUGUGCGGCUGGUCGAUGGAAAAGUGACACGAGAUUGCCACGUCCAAAUAUCCCAGAACUAACGUGGCUUCUCACACCGUCAAUAGUACAGAUCUCUCAAGGUACGUUUGAGAAUCGAAGUAAAUGUUAAAUAUACUUUCAACUGUUAAACUAUGACUUCGUUUUAAACUUUUCUUGCUUUAGUGAUUGAAUUGGAAUUUGAAAUUAUUGGUUUUUGAGGCAGAAGAAAAACCGGAUUAGCCGAACAACUGACAUCAUACAUAAUUAAUUUAAACCUUUUCGAAUCAUACUAUAAUAGUCCAUCCCCAAAUCCUACAGUAUUCGCCAUUUUCACAUUCCCCAUAAUACACCUUGUUUACUCCCCAAGAUUUUGCAUGACCCUUGUUUCCAAGUUUCCCUGGUUACUACAGUCUUUGCUUAAGCAAAAUUAUUGGCUGUAACCAAGGUGUACUUUUUUAAUUUUCCAAUUGUCACUGUUUUACCUUGGUUCUCCAAAGGUCACUAUGAAGCCCUUGGUAGAGUUAUAAAUGCACAGUACUUAAAAGAGCGACUGACGUUAAAGGAUUCAAACUUUGAUGCUGCUACAAGAAAUUCAAUGGAGCUAGUCCAGCGACUAACCAUUCUUGCAGACAUUUUCUACAUUGAGGUAAAUUUCCUUCAAUAGACGAACGCUUGUCUCAGUGAUGUAUUGAGCAAACGUUAGAGAAAUAGAUCAAUUCUCGCUCAUCCGUUGAUCAACUACUGAAUAUGAAAGUAAAAUCUUAUGAUUACUGGCAAGUGUUCGACUUUGGUAUAAAAAUAGUAAGUACGUUUUUACCUAUUAAGACCACCACAUCUUGUCUUGUUUCCUCACAGGGCGAAGUUGAGUUUUAUGGUAUCAGAAAUAUUAAAAUAUUCGCCAGAGAAAUUGUCGCCUCGAAAGGGAGUAAGUUGAAAGUAAUCACACCAGAUUGGAUUCAGGAAUUUCAAGACACACAAAGAACUCAAUUUAAUGGGAAUGGAAAGGACGGCGAAAAAGGACAAGAUGGAGAGGCUGGACCCCAUGGUAGGCGGAUGUCCAUUAAGUAGGUCUGUUUAGCGUGCAUGUGCUAACAAGAGAACUCAUUUCUAGUCAAACCAAACGUACAUGCAUACAUAGGUUUGAAAGAAGCAAAGAGAGUUGACGUGUAUUAUAGUGCGCAAUAUUUAAUUUCAAGGGAUACUAAGAUUUGUUCUCUGUGCCUUACGCUGAGAGCAUGAGAGUAUUUAUAAUUACUGAAUGAGGUUGAGUACGGUGUGAAGAAUUAUGCAGAUCGAAAAGAACGUUAUGUUGUUGUUCAUUCAAAAUAUUUCUAAGUUCUUAACAACCUUCUUAACAACAUUGUAAAUUUACCUUACAAAGUCAAAUUCAUUCGUAUAAUACAAGAAACUCGUGUAAAUUUCGUCUGCCUUUCUGUCGUACUCGAACCAAGCAAUUUUCCGUUUUUUAUCAAGGACCUAAAUUUUACAACACCUUAAACACCAACAUCAUCAACGCUUCCUCACCUUUCUCCUUUAAAAGAGCACUUAAGGCAUUUAUUUGUAAUAAUUAUUAGUAUACUUCAACAAAAAUCUUGGGAAAAAGCCUUUUAAUAUUCAACAUUUGUACAUGUAAACUUCCGUAAUAUUGAUUAGUUUAAUUUUUCACCUGAUAUUAUACUGUACCCGUCGCCGUAAUUUUUAUGCCAUCUUCGAAAAAUUGUAAUUGAGGAGGCCUAAUUAACAUAAGCUCUAUAGUUUCUUUUAGGCCUCCUCGCCAUCUCUUCCUACAUUUUUUUUUUUUUUUCUUUUGGCAUCUUUAAGUAAUGUAAUUGUGUGGCAAAUAAAUAAAAAUACCUAAAAAAAUAACCUUACCUUAUCCGUGCCGCUGCCUGGGAACAAGGUUGAUCCUUGACGGGUUAUCAGGCACUAAUCCAUCGAAUCGGCCGGUUAGUGCUUACAUCUUUCAAAAAUGGUAAGCGCCAUAUUUGGAAGCUGGGGGAUUAAGACCAAUCACAAACGGUGAAAUAUCUUGAAUGAUUAAUGAUUAAUAUUAAUCGUUCAGCAACCUCGAUAGCAUUUACCACCUUUCAUGCCGAUCAUUUCAUUGUUAAGUUUUUCUCCACAGAACACGCUUUCGAUAUUGCAGGUAUGCAUAUAAGUGUAGACUACUGCAUCCGUUUCAGUAUAGCUUUAGCAACGAGGCGGCAAAUCGACCUACACAGUUCGGCGUGUCAUUAAGACGCAAUUGACGAUCCUUUAUUUUAAGUACAUAAAAAGUUCUCUACGACAAAGCAACUCCUUGACGCUUAUCAAAAAAUAAUAACCAAAAACUGAUUUCCAACUGUUUUAUUUACAGUCGAAAUUAACUGUGAAGUUAUCAACGGCGCUUUCGAUGUAAGUGCUAUUGCUGGAAAUGGGCAUAAAGCACAAGACGGUGGACCUGGUGAUGACGGACUCAACAACACUCCGCCUGUGAGUAAUAGCAAUAGUAAUAAUAAUAAUAAUAAUAAUUAUUAUUAUUAUUAUUAUUAUUAUUAUUAUUAUAAAUUUAUUACUUAUAUUGCGCCAAUUACAUGUGCAUAUGAUCAAAUGCGCAUGACAUAUAAAAGCAUAUUAACUAACAAAAAACUAUAUGAUUAAAAAUUUACAAAAUAAUAAUAAUAAUAAUAAUAAUAAUACUUUUCUGGGGGGUUGGGGUUGCAAAAAUAGUGGUUUACAAAUGUUCACUAAAACCGCCCCGAAAUCUUCACGUUAUUCGACUUAAUGGUAAGCAGCCUUAAUUCUACCAAAGACACUCACUUUUAAUGUCAUGUUACCCACCUUGAAGAGUACAAGAGAAACACCCGCCCGAUCUUUUUUUCACUUCACUUGCAAUCUAAAAUGAGACAAAAGGAACAAUAGGGCCUUUUAUAUUACGACGAAAAAUGAGACGCAUCCUGAAUAUUUAGACACAAACUGUCUCGUACAGAAGGCAAAUUUCAAAUGUGCCUUUUAUACGGGAGAGUUUACGUCUUGUUUAGGACGCUUCUUAUGUAAGACGUACGUGUCUUAUAUUUCCUCUUACAAUAUAUCCUAAUAUUUAAACCACAUACUCUUCUUUUUAUCAGACAGCUGACAAGACUACCAACGACUGCGAGGCCGUAGGCUAUGACAACUGCCAUAACGUUAAUGGGGCCCAGGGUCCCAAGGGGAAAAGAGGUGGAGACGGUGGAAAUGCAGGAUUGCCAGGUAUGGAAUGCUUGGGUCUGGCUAACAAAAGCAACUCAAACAAACACGUAUUUAGGUAUCCUACAUAACAACAUGAUAUGCGGAUUUGAUUUCGAUUUUCCUCGGGAAAAAAAAUUAGCUAGUGUCCCCCCGCGCCAGCUAGGAAAGCCCGAUUGCAAUUCCGCUGAUCUUUCGAUAAGCCACCCUGCCUUUCCCAACUUCGCCCUUUCACGAUGUUAAAUUUAUUUUCUAGGCAAAGGAGGGACAGCCGGACGUAUAAUCAUUCGUUACACGAAGCAUACUGGAACAGUGCAAUUACAGACCUGCGGGGGUAAAGGAGCACCGCCUGCCUUGAAUGGACAAGGGGGUCAAGGUAAGGGGGCCUCCAUUUAUUAUGACCCAAGGUUUAAAAAACUGUCUUUAAAGGGGUAACACAAUUACGGGUAAACCAGUACUUUUCAUUGUGGCCCACAAGGUUGAGACUCCCAACUGCCGAAGGCAAGCUAGUUGGCAGUUUAUAAAAUAAGCGCGCUCUAAAAGUUGAACUCGGGACUGCUGAGAAUAAGUCCAGCUAGCGGUCAGGGCAGGGAUCGAACUAGGGGCCUCCAGAUUAAAAGUCCAAAGCACUAACCGGAGCUUGUUCACACUGCAUCCUCCUCGGUUCGGAAAAACCGGAAAUUAGCUGAAAUGAGUUGAUAUAUCUGCAAAAUAGUGAAUAUAAUUUAUAAAAGUAAAAUUAUGACAACAGUAAAAAUCUCCCAGAAUCCUUUGAUGCAUUUUUUUUAAAAGCUUUAUAAGUUUGGCAAUUUUAUACCUAGAAGAAGGUCAGAUCACAACAAGAUAAAAUUUGCCGUAAAAUAUCUUCCUAUGUCAUAUCUACUAUAGUGACGUCAUCAGUAAUAAUAAUAAUAAUAAUAAUGAUAAUAAUCAACUAAAUAAAAGAGGGUCUCUCAACAAUGCAAUAAUAUCAAACUGCAAGAAUAUCAAUCACGAAAACUGGUUACUUUAGGUGGCGAAGGUGGCGAAGGAGGACAUGGAGCAAAGUGCGAGACAUACUACAAUGUACCAUGGCCAGAAAAAUCAACCACAGGCUGUAAAAAAUAUGGAGAUCCACUUCCAAGAGGUCCAAAAGGAGACAGAGGGGAUGCUGGGGUUUCCCGGAUCAAGUAAGACUUAAUGCGCACAAUAGAGAGAAGAAAUCGUUAGGUCACUCUACGUUGCCAUGGUAGCAGAAUUUUUGGAUGACAACAAACCGAAAAUGUCUCUUAAAAAAUGAAUUCUCACUGUUUCAAACUUCAUCGAUCUUAUUCAGUUUUAUUAAGUUUGUCAAAUUUUGGCGAAAUUUUCUGGAGUUGAAUCCGAAGGACCGUAUUAAAGUUUACAAAAAGAGAAAGAAUUUUUGCGUGUGAAAUUAGCAAAUUUCAUGUGGAAACCUACAUGAAGGCCGUUUACGCAAUAAAAUGCAUUUACAUUCAACUUUGAAAGAGUGUUUUUUUUGUGUUAAAAGAUUUUGACCAAUCACAAGAGUUGAAAACAAUAGCCAAGAAAAGUUUACAAUUUUACAUGUUCCCCACAUAGGAUUUCUUUGUUAUUCAAACUGAGACCAGAUUUUGUUAUGUGGAAGGUGGUUGGAAAGUAAGGAUGAAUAUAUGUACUGCUUGAUGAAGUUUUGUUAACUUUUGCUAUUUAAGCCAAUCAGAAGUAAGUACAGACAAUAGAAAAGUUAGCACCUUUUUUGCAUUCCAACAUGUUCGUUGCUGUUGUUGCUAUCGUUGUUAUCUGGAACGUUUCCUAAAGUGUCUCAAAGUGGUCGACUAAACAUCUUCGCUUGAUGGGACAAAUUGAAAUUAUUUAUGGUUGAAAUUAUAACACGGUUAACAGAUGCCAAAAAUAUCACAAUUAAGAGAUAAAGCAUUCAGAGGUCCAUUCAAAAACCAGCUAAAAUUGUUUUCAAAACUUUCAGCUCCUUCUAAAAAAGGACUGGAUGGUGUGGUAGAGGACUCUUCAAUUGCAUCGGGAAGAUUAAACGCAGCUAUCAAAAGGGGCUAUCCACAGGAGCUACUCCUUCUCAUGAGGCGACAAGCCGUCGACUUGUUGCUAGGCAACAGCAAUAAUCGACAGGGUAGAAGUACACUGCAGUUUUUAAAAAGUAUUGUAGAAGAGAGAGAUGAUGUAGAGCAAUUAAAGAAAGGUAUGCGAUGCCCAGUCAGGAAAGUUCAUAAAACAGAAACAUCAGGUCAUGGAAACACUCUGUUGUGAAAUCCAAGAUACUGGUCGCCAAGACCAACGGUGCGUUUCCACGUAAUGCUAUGCCAUCGAGGCAUCGAUAGUAACGUUUACGAUCUAGGCCUGUUUUAGAAGGAUGUAUGUGGAGUCAUUGGAGCAUAACGCUGCCUGUAUCUCCCCAACAAUUUGGACCAACAGGCUGAUUUUUGAUAAGGGGGCUUCCUUCUCCUUGUUGUGUUUGAGUAACCUAACCCUUUUCAUAAUUCCACAGAUUUAGUUUUAUGACGUCAUCACUUGUCUUCUCUAUUUCCAACUUGAACUCUGACGUUUGCCGUUUGUCGUAAACGUGAUUCUAAAACUCUUUAUUCUCAACUACUGUCAGACGUGAACAGGAAGCUUGGGUUUUUGGGACAAUAUGGCUAUGACAUUUUUGGAAACAACCAGUUAUUUGCCCCUCUUGUCAAGUGGGGAAAACUUGAAGAAGACGUUGAAGAAAUAAAGGACGCUGCUAAAACCUACGAAGAUGCUUUCAACGAUAUCUUGUCUACCGUGCAAGACAAGGAAAACUUCCAGCAGGUCAGCCUUUCUAAUUAACUUUAAAAGGUUGGGCAUUUUAUUUUUUUCUAAGUUUACAGUUCGUUUGAAGGAAUAGAACUUGUUUGGAAUGCAGCGUCCUAACGUGGCCCCGCUUCACUCGAGAUUAAAAGAACUUGAGAAAAGUAAUUGCAAUACGGGACUCCGCUACAAAUUACAAUUUUCCAAUCGCCAUCACCACCAUCAUCAUCGUCAUCAUCGUCGUCAUCGCCAUUAUUAUCAUUAUCAUUACUCAAGAGCCAAUUACUAUGAUGAUGAUAAUGAUAAUGAUUACGAUUAUGAUUAUCAUUACCAUUAUUACUAUUAUUAUUAUUAUUAUCAUCAUCAUCAUCAUCAUUACCAUUAUGACAAUUGUUAUCAUAAUAAUAAUAAUAAUAAUAAUAAUAAUAAUUAUUAUUAUGGUUAUUAUUUUUAUUGUUAUUACGAAUGGGGCACUAAGUUCAUUUAAACACUAGUAUGAUAUUCCUCCACAGAUGGCGUCUAAGUUGGCAGAUGUUUCAUCUAAACAAGUUAACGCCCAAAUAGCCCGACUGGAAGAAGCAAAGUCGGUUGCGUUAAAGCAAAAAGGAAUGUAUGUUAAUGUACGUAUAGAUAUUUAAAUUUAAUUUCACGUAGUCCCCCGCACACUGAUGCUGUGUUUCAGCUUUCAUUCAUGGUUGAAAUUCUUUCCUUUGCUUCAAAAGAACUCUAAAACACCUCAAUUGGUAUGAUCGCUGCACUGGUAUCGCAGAGGUCAAGGGUUCGAAUCCCGCACAAGCUUGAAUUUUUUCAGGCUUUCUUUUCGCAACUGCAAAAGUUGCGUCUUUAACCGCGAUGAUCUACUUUCAUAUAAUUAUUUAAGUACUUUUCGCUUCACGUCUACCUUGAGGGAAAUUUUGAUUCUGCCAAUAAAUUCAACAAUAUGACGUCAGAAUGACUUAGAUUACGCCACUGCGUCGAUCAAGUUAUGCCCAGAAGUUGGAAAUGAUGAGUACGUUAUCGUGUGUAAUUUUGGUAGUCGUAGGAUGAGCCAAUUUAAAGUUAUAGAACAGUAGUAACAUCCAAUCUGGAAAACCUAUUAAAAAACGUUUUGAUUUGUUGGAAGGCUAUCAAAACUCAGGAAGGAAGAAUGAAAUCCAUACUUAUCAAGAUCAAGAACAUGCUACGAAACGCUCAAAAGAAGGUGCAGGACAAGCUAAAUCGCGACGAAACCAUCGCAGUACUCCAGGGAAUGACGGGCUUUGCUAGCGCUAUAGCUGGAAAGGAUCCCUUUGACUUCAUCAACACCGCUCUUGACAUUGCGUCUUAUGCUUCCAAUGCGCCAUGCCGCAUAUCACUUGAUUCUUCUCUUAGAAGUAUCAACAAAUGGUUGACUUUUGGGAAGGAGUACGUACCUCUGGAAGACUCGAGCGACCUGGACUUUUCUCUGGUCGAUAUUAAUUCAGUCCCUGAAAUUAUGCAGGUCAGUAUCUGUCAUGAUUAAUGCUUCGUUGCAUAAAUUAGCAUAAAUUAUUUUGCAUUUGAUUAUAUAAUGUUAGUGGUAUGGUAUAGAAUUUUUGAGUUAAACUGCUAACAUUGCGCUUAAUGCAUGAUUUGUCCUCUAAAAUAUUAUUGAGCCAAAUAUUUCAACUUUUAAGGAAGGAAUUUCUCCCCCACCCGCCUCUUUCCUCCUUAUUCUUGGUGUAUUAGACGUCUGCGUGGCCGAAUUGUUAGACAAACACCGGCAAUAGACUAUUUCGCCCCUGAAAUAUAAUCUUAUCAUCAGUUGGAUGCAAACUAGCUGUGUCCAAGUUUAGUAGUUUCUCUGGCUCUGCUGUUAUCGGUGUCUGGAGUGGUUACUCUCCAUCUGGGGACUAUUAAAGUGUACGAGUGUAAUUUACAACUGUACCCAUUAAUUACAGUCUGAAAACAAUAACCACACUGGUAAAUUGUAAUUGUAAAAAUGAACGUGUGAUUAAUUGACGUGUGAAAACACUUACGAACUCCAACUACCCCAAAUUUUAUAAAUCUGAAAACAAUUGUGAGUCUGAAAUAAUAAGCUCUGGCAUAGACUUGAUUAAACACAUAUGUUAAAAAUGGAAUGAGCUGUACAUUUUAGCUGAGACUUACUUUCGAAUUAUAUAUCCUUUAUGUUUUUCCUUUGAAAUUUAGGCCAACCUUGAGAUAAGCAAAGAACAACUGGCUGUAGAUUUAGUGUGCUUGUUAGACGAGCACUCCAAACCAAGUUUAACUGCAGAUCUAGAAGCAGAAAUAGAGUCCUAUUUCAUCGUUGGAUCAUCUCGCAUAGAUAUGAUAGCAAAAUGUAUGGACAUUGAUAACGAGAUUGGAGGAUACAACUUUGAUAUUCCUGUGCUUAAGGAUACAGCUAGAGCAGUUUCUGAAGUAAAGGAUUCGGAAAGUAUGAAAUCAAAACUAAUUUCCCUCUUAGCCUGAAAAAACAGCCGUCAUUUUGAGACGCCAACACUGGUUGCCCUGCGGCAUGAUGUCUGAGAUACUGACACUACACUUCUCAGAUCUGGGUAGUGCUUCUGAUUGGUUUAAACAAAUUUUCCUCGCAGUACGAACAAUCAGAGGCACUACCCAGAUCUGCGUUCGUUCUGCAGAAGUCUUUUCGCGAGGAAACCAGGAGUGACGUGACGAAAUGUCUCCUUUUUUUCCUCAGGCUGCUUCCUUCUUCAUUUUAUCUCUCUGGAAAGACACUGAAAUAGUUAAUAGCCCAUAUGUUUACGGCUUAUGUUCCGCUGUAGCUCAGAGAUUAGGACCCCCCCAAGUAUUCUAGGAAACCCCACCAAGAGAAAAAGAUUCUAAAAUAAUUAGGGAAGCCCUUUUUAGUAUGUUUCAAGACUCCAGUUAAUAGAAAAUUAAUAAUAAUUCAUUUUAUCACCUUCCGGUUCAUACCUCGACCCAGUCCCCUCCUCCAAUCCCCUCCGCGCAAUGUUGCGCCAGUUACCUGCUGGUUUGCACAUGACGUCACGGCAACCAUGGUGGGGGUGUGUUAGGGUUAAGAACAAAAGCAUUUCUCUCUUCUGGGAACCAGACCCUAUUUUCAAGUAACUUCUACGAGAGACAAUUCUAUUGUAUUGACCACCAACACACCACCAGCCUAGCCGCCUUGUCACAUGGUUGCAAGCCAAGAAUAAACAAUAUCUUUUUUCAAUUCACGUUCUCUUGUUUUCACCUUUUUCUUUCUUUUUUUCUUUUCUUUUCUUUGUUUUUUUUUGUUGUUGUUGUCAUAUAAGGUGGUUCCUUAAGCAGCAAUCUUCAGCAAACAUUCACCGAUAAUCUGCUCAGCACAUACAGACAACUGGAAACAAUGUUUAUGGAAAAGCUAUACGGGCUUUAUAAAGCCCUUGGUUUCCGUACCCUGUGGGUGUUAGAUGACGUCAUGCGCUCGUUCCGUAGGAUCGCCUCUGAAAGUGCUUAUGGCGUCGGGAGACUCAACGGAGCAGUACAAUUAACAGACGUGUUUCAAAAUAUGAAAGACAUCAAGUCUAAGGCUGUGACGUGUUUCUCGAUUAAUCCGUACAGCACUGAUAUUCAGAAGUGGAGUUUCGAUAAAACCAACAACAAAGCGGUGAGCCAAGCUGCUGCUACUUUCCAGUUAUUUCUCAGUGUGAUCACUUUGCAAAAUACAGUCAAACCCCGCUUUACAAACACCUCAUUAGAUUAAUUUAUAGAUUUAGCCAGGGCUAAAAGCGAAGCUCUCGUUAAUAAUACUUAUAAACAGAAACUGAAAUAAAUCGUGUAAUGCUAAAAGGGGAGGACAAUGAAAAUGGCAUCAAGAUCCACAGAUCUAAUUAGCAAAACAAAACAAUUUUGCACGUGCGGCACGCUUUUUUUUUUCUAAUUUGCAAAAAAACAAAUUUGCACGUGCAGCACGCUUUUUUAUCUUUCUUUGCCGUUGUUUUUCACGACUACAAUGCCGUUUUGUACGACUAAAACGUCAUACUCGUUAUUUUUAUGGAGGAAUUGUCGCAUGUGCUUACCAAAGAUUUUAUUUCCUGUGUUCAUGUUCGCUUUUUUUUUCACUGCCGCUCAUUUUCACCUGGCCGCUAACAUUUCUCAUUUUCUCACUGCCGCUAUGAAAUUUUCAUGUUUUUCUUCCAAUGAAAUUCGUCUCCCUAGCUCUUUCUCUGUUAUCCUCAUGAGUGUAAAUAUCAAAAAUAACGUCGAAAGACGCGACUUUGUUGUUGUUGUUGUUGUUUUUAUCACCAAAAGUUCGGGCGGACAUGCGAUUUUCUUCCGUUGCAUUUGGGUUGCCAUACCCGUUGAUUGAGUUACAUUGUAUUGGUGUGCCUGUGGUGCGAAGGACAGUGUACAGUCACGUGAUUACCAAAUUUUCUAGGAUGAGCGUUGGACUCGCAGACGAGACAGUGGCGGAUCCAGACCUUCGGAUAAGGGGGGUCAUCCAGACCCAGAUUUUUUCGGCCCUUCGGGCCUCACUUUGGCCUAAAAAUAAGGGGGUUCGGGCCCCCGGGCCCCUUCCCUGGAUCCGCCACUGCGGAGAGGUCGUAGGUUCGUAAAAUCAAUGAUAAAUAAAGGUGAUGUCCUUUCCCUGUAAACGGAUCGUGCGGAUAAACAUUCGCUUUUCUGAUCAUAUCAAACAGUACGUACAUAGCGCAAUAUCAGUGAUAUUGUCAGUGGCUCUUUGCCUUUUUAUUCCCUACAGAUAUUUGACGAACUUGCCCAAGGGGAGACAACAUUUAGCAUCAACAUUGAUCGUAGUUGCGAGACUUGUUACAACGUCCGUCUAUUAAAGGUAAAAUUUUGAAUACAUUACCAAAGUUUAAUUUUGCAUUUGCAAAACAUAAUUAUCCGAUGCUAAAAAGUUCAUUGUCUCAUACUUGCAGAUAUACAUCGAGCUUUUUGGGGCCGAACAAGCUGCCAAUGUGCCUAGAAAGAUGUACAUCCAAUUACGCCAUCUUGGCGGUUCCUAUUUUCGUUCAGCUGACAGCGAGACACCGGUGAAAUCAUAUCGUCAACCUCUUGGUGGAUUCAGGACUGUUAGGUUUGACAGAUUUACCAUCAGCGAUGAAACCAAGUGCCGGGAAAGCGAAGCUAGUAAGAAUACAUUAAAUUAGGGAUAGUGUAUUUUGUAAAGCGAAAUGGGUGUGUUGGAGGCCGCAAGUGUUGUGAGUGCGUUGGAAUUCAAAUUUAAGGGCAAGGUUGUUUCUAAAAGAACAUAAGUUUCCUAACCAAAAAAGAGAGUUGAUAGCGUUUUUCUACACGGUUUCGCCACCAGAAAAAUUGAAAACAAGUUACAUUAUCCACUAUCUUCAGAUCAUAAAGUUUUCUGAAAAACAACAGUUUACAACAAUAAUUUCAUUCGCCAGAGUGUACAAAGUAUUGCGUCACAGAGGACGAUGCUCGCUGGAUUGGGAUGUGCGACAAUCCCCUUAACAAAGGAAAAGGUCUUCGAACAGACAGCCUUCUGGGAAGGGAAGAAUGCAAAAGUCCUUUUGGCAGUUAUGAGUUGAAAAUUCCCAAAGACAACAACAUGGAAUGUACUGCAGACGGCUUCAUAACAAAUACCAACUGUAAAGAUCUCGACGUAAGUAGCAAUGGACGAUGUAAAUUUGCCCCACCACUCCCUCCCCAAAAAGCGCACACACAUACCCCUCCCUUCUCCCUUCUGAAAAACAAAGGGUUUAGGCUGUGUAGUAUAUUUAAAAAUCUUUUAGAGUUCUUGGUAAGCUUUGCAGGUUUUUAAUUGAUGAUAUUAUGACCUAUUAUGGGAUAUGACUUUACUGGCUACCUUCUGAAGUCAUUCAACAUAGUUACAUACAUAUGCAUACACUGUUUACAGGUAGUUAUUACGACAUAACACCCGAGGGAGGAUCGUGAGGUUAUCCCUGAAAAGCCCUCCUUAGGGAGUGUCAUUGAAGAUUGUAUUGUAUUGUAUUGUAUCCCUGUAUUAAGAUCUCUCCAUACAGAUAACCCACCCAGCGCAGGAAAGGUUGGCCACACCACCGGGGUCUAGGGCCUUAGUGUUGGAUUCCACUGACUAUGUGUUUAUUAGCAUACUGACGAAAUUACAGUUCGUACCCUUCAUAUAUAAAAUAUGUUUUAAUUAAACAAACGGUAACUUCCGGUGCUGUUGCAACAGCAAGUUGGCCUUUGGGUUGAAAAUGGUUUGACGCCAUGUGACUUAUGAUAUCAUUUCUUGUAACCAUAGAAUGCGACUAUGACCAAUUACUAGUGUAUGACAUGGUAGAACAUGAAAAGAACAUAUGUCGCAUGCGUCGUUUUUACCAAUUGAAGGUCGAUCCUCCAUGCCUCCCGCGUGACCAACAAUUUGUUUUUUUAAUAUCAUUUUGAUUAUGAUUAUGAUUAUUAUUUUAUCUUUUGUUUAAAGAAACAUUAUUUUGUUUGGUACCCCAACCAGCUCUUAAGUUUCUAAUAUGUAUUGUCUUUUAGCUGACUAAGUUCACCAACAUGAAUGUCUGGAUGUCAGUGUUCUACUGGUCAGGCCAGUACCCAACGGGACCGAACGACCACAUCUGCCGGAGCUCGACAAAAAGGGCAAAAAUUGCUCUGAUGAAAGCUCGUCUGUUGUUAAAGAGGAAGAGCAAAAAGUGCUAUUGA